GGGGAGGCCAGCCAGGCUGCUCUCAGCCUGCUGGUCCCCUGAGCCCGACCACGUCUUGGCUGCAUCCCUCCCGGCAGAGCAUCCAAUUCCAGCCGUGGGAGCCACUCACUCCCUGAGCUCGAGGAUGUGACCCAUCAAGGCAGAACAGCCACUCAGGAGGUAAAGUGGCGACCUGGAAGGCUGACGGUGAAUUAGGACGCUAGGUCUCCUAUCCGCGAUUGGGAGCCCCGCAGGUGCCACCGCUCCUCGCUUUCCAGCGGCAACCCUCACCAUGGAGUCCCCGGUCCAGAUCUUCCGCGGGGAGCCAGGCCCCACCUGCGCCCCGAGUGCUUGCCUACUCCCCAACAGCAGUGCCUGGGUCCCCAACUGGGCAGAAUCGGACAGCAAUGGCAGUAUGGGCUCUGAGGACCAGCAGCUGGAGCCCGCGCACAUCUCUCCGGCCAUCCCUGUUAUCAUCACCGCUGUCUACUCUGUGGUGUUCGUGGUGGGCUUGGUGGGCAAUUCGCUGGUCAUGUUUGUCAUCAUAAGAUACACGAAGAUGAAGACAGCAACUAACAUCUACAUAUUCAACCUGGCUUUGGCGGAUGCCUUGGUUACCACCACCAUGCCCUUCCAGAGCACCGUCUACUUGAUGAAUUCUUGGCCUUUCGGAGAUGUUUUGUGCAAGAUCGUCAUCUCCAUUGACUACUACAACAUGUUUACCAGCAUAUUCACGCUGACCAUGAUGAGUGUGGAUCGCUACAUUGCCGUGUGCCACCCGGUGAAAGCUUUGGACUUCCGAACGCCUCUGAAAGCCAAGAUCAUCAACAUCUGCAUCUGGCUCCUGUCAUCAUCCGUUGGCAUAUCGGCAAUAGUCCUUGGAGGCACCAAAGUCAGGGAAGAUGUGGAUGUCAUCGAGUGCUCCUUGCAGUUUCCUGAUGAUGACUACUCCUGGUGGGACCUCUUCAUGAAGAUCUGUGUCUUUGUGUUUGCCUUUGUGAUCCCGGUCCUCAUCAUCAUCGUCUGUUACACCCUCAUGAUCCUGCGCCUGAAGAGCGUGCGGCUCCUCUCCGGCUCGCGGGAGAAGGACCGCAAUCUCCGCCGCAUCACCAAGCUAGUGCUGGUAGUGGUUGCAGUCUUCAUCGUCUGCUGGACUCCGAUCCACAUCUUUAUCUUGGUGGAGGCUCUGGGCAGCACCUCCCACAGCACGGCCGCCCUCUCCAGCUAUUACUUCUGCAUCGCCUUGGGUUAUACCAACAGUAGCCUGAAUCCUGUCCUCUAUGCCUUUCUUGAUGAAAACUUCAAGCGGUGUUUUAGGGAUUUCUGCUUCCCUAUUAAGAUGCGAGUGGAGCGACAGAGCACCAACAGAGUCAGAAACACAGUUCAGGAUCCUGCUGCCCUGAGGGAUGUGGAUGGGAUGAAUAAGCCAGUAUGACUAGUCGUGGAGAUGUCUUCUUACAGCUCUCCAGGUCGAGACGAGUUCAAUGAUCUUGGCUUAACCCAGAUUACCACUGCAGUCUGAAGUGGAAAGAUGAGGCAUUCCAUAAUUUAGAAAUGUCAUGCUCUGAAGUCUUAAGGUGCAGGGAGCAUUAGUGAUCUAGCUGAGUAGGGGCAGGAAGUCUGAAGAACAGAGCACAGCAGGUCCUGGCAACAAUACACCUCUUUCCUAGGACAGAGAAGCCAAUGUAAUUUCAACCCUUUGAUAAACAAAGCCAAGACUCUUUCUUGUGGUUCCUUUGGAUUAGUGUACCUCCAUCUGUGUGGCCUUCCUAUGCAACAUAGUUCCAAAGCUCUGGAGAAGAAAAUACAGGGAAAAAAAAGCAAAGCAAAACCUCUGGAUCCAAAGCUUAGAUGACACCCAAUCUGCCUGGCAGAAACAAUCUCAGUUAGAAUGAGGCCAUCUCAAGGCUCAUACCCAGCCCACUGUCUGCUGGGUGAGCAUGUCUCAUGUGUGAAAAGAGUGCAUCUUAGGAAGAACUUGGAUUCAUACUCAUGAUGCCGAACAACUGCACAGUAGUACAAAGCAUCAUCUUUCAUUAGUGAACUCGUUUGAAGUUGUGAAUGCUCUUUUCUCACAGUGUCUAAUGCCUUGAAAACUACAGUUGCUACAUAAGAUCUUUGGUUUUUAGCAUGCUAUUCAGGUAGAUAAUCUUCUGAGAAAACAUGAACUGAUAUUAAGAAGUAUGAAGCGUAAAUACCAACAAAGUUUGUGUAGUUUCAUCUGUAAAUAGUAGCCUGUGUGUAUAUAAGGACUAGGCUUCCUGUCCAGCCAGCACAUUUCUCGAGGGUGCAGUAGUGAUACCUCUCGAGACAUGGAGAGUUGAUGCUGAGCUAGUUUGCUGGAAUAUAAGCUACUCUCUGGGACUCCGUCAUGGUGUGAUUUCCUCUGGAUUCUCCAAACAUCAUUCACUCUAACACUGCUCAUAACUUGGCAUUAAUAAAUCCCCAGCGUUUAAAUUUACUCUAAGAUGGUAGCUUUGGUUGAAUCUACUUUGUGGUAGCAUCUGCUGGUAGACAAGCACCUAAUGUCAGAUUCUCUACUCAGGUAGAAGGAGUUGUUUUGACCAUAUGAAUCAUCAAAUGUUAUGUUCUAGCUUUCUACAGGAAAUAGAAUUGUUCCCACAUGUAUGCUGAAGAAGGAAACAAGACUAGGUAGCUGAGAAGAACUUGCAUGGUCUUGGGUAAGGGUGUACCUGGGGAGACUACCGUCUGAGAAGCCCAUUUAGGAUAAUUUUGCUAAAUCUUCCAAAUGACAUAUAAAUUCCCCUUUCUGUUCUUUAAAACUUACAGUUCAGAGAUAAUGAGGGUUGUUUUUUUUUUUUUUUUUUUUUUUUUUUUUUUUUUUUUUUUUUUUUUGUAAUUUGCCUUGAAAGACGAAAAAGAUAAUUUAAAAAUAAUGCCUAUUUCUAAGCUUAUUCAUGGUCAGGACAGCACCCCUUGGAGUCUAAUAGAGCAUUUAAUGUGUGGACCUCAAUACUGCAAGCAGAGUUCCAUCUGUGAGUUCUCACCACCAGCUGGCUCCCUGGUGCUGCUCCCUCUCUCUCUCUGUAGACUGAAGCCUGUAUGAAGGAAGGUAUGAGACACUCUGCAGAGUCACUGCCAUUAUGGUUAUCUCCAUUUGAAACUUUUAUGCUACUGAGCUCAGUGGUGAACAGUGACCUUGCAGAGAUAUUUCUUAAUGGAAAUGGAAUAUUCUCCUGAGUAUUUCUUAAAUUUCCUUGAUGUUCUGGAAUUCUUUUGUAAUGCCACAAAGCUGUAAUUUAUGAAGCAAAAGGUGUCCAUGUAGAUUUAAGCAUGAAGGCUAACAGAGGAAGACAGACAUAUAAAAAAGGUACAGAUGCAUGCCCUGGAGUGGACACAAACUUGUAAAAAGCAUUAUUAUUAUUAUUAUUAUUAUUAUUAUUAUUAUUAUUAUUAUUAUUUUCCACAUGAGGGUGAGCAUUAUGGCAUCCAUGCAGAGGUCAGAGGACAAUUUUGCACAGUCAGUUCACUCCUUUUCUUUUACAUGGAUUCUGGGGUUGGAACUCACAUCAUCCAGCUUGCAUUAUCAGGUGUUAUGAGCCUUUACUCACUGAGCUGUCUUGCCAGACCAGGGCAUGUUUUUUUGUUUUUUUGUUUUUGUUUGUUUGUUUGUUUUAAGAGAGAGUCACUACCCUUGCAUUCUUAUAACUGAAUAUAUAGAUAAGAAUGGCUUAAAUAUUGGGCAACCUUAACCCAAUAGGUAAAAACUUUGGCUGUUAUACAUAUGAGACAUCCAUGUGGACAAAACAGUUCUGGGACAGAUCCCACUGAAACGGAGUAGAAAAGCUUCUACAGCAUGGUAAGAUACCGAAGCUGUUGGUAGAUUUUUUUUCCCCAGUACAAAAUACAAUGUAUUCACCACACCAUCAUGGAAUGGAGUUAUAAUAGUGACUUCUUUAACGCUCCAUAUGCUCUCUGAACAGUUCUGCUUCCUACAUUUAUUGAUACAUAAAUCUGAAUCCCAUGGAGGGAGUCAUAUAAAGUAAGUAGCUUUACUUCCCUGAGAUGUAUCCUGAGCUUCCUCAUGACCUUCAGACUGAAAGUAACAAAUAGAUGGGAGCCUUUUGGUGGCUCUAGUUUAAAGACUGAUAAACAGACUCAUACACUGGAAGGAGAGAAUCAAUUACAUAUGUGUGCUUUAUGGUUGAAUUAUAGGCAGGUGUGUGUAUAUGUGAAAGAGAGCAGGUGCAUACAUGUGUGUGCACAUGUGCUUGAUGCUAGGAAGCAGUGAUCAUACUGCCAUGCUUGAUCAUCACAGUGCUUUUAUCUAACCAAGCAGCCCUCAAGUGGCUCACCAUAUCUGAGUUUCCCAGAAGGCUUUUCCAUUAAAGAAGGUGUUGCUGGCUAUGUCUAUGAUCAUGGGAUCAACUCUGUCUGGACUCCAUCCUCCCACUCUAGUGGAAACUUUUGAAAAACAAAAAAUGUUUAAAGAGAAAUCAAGAAUUUUUGAGAAAAUGUUUUAAUUUUGUGAUGAAUAUGUGAGACAGUUAUUAAGCUUGUAUCCAAUAAUUUAUAGAUAUUCCAUCUCAUGGGGUGUAAGAUGAGUAAAGUGAAAGAAUACAAGUUUUAAAUGAAAGAAUUUUAAGGAAAAUCUAUGACAAGGUUGUGUGUUCAUCCUAUAAGGUUUAUUUUUCAAAUAAGAAUUGUUUUAAUGGCUUGGUAUCAAUAUGAAAGUCCCUCAAGGUUACAAAUUGGCUCAGACCAUGAAAAUUUUGCUCUCAGAAUGAAAAGUGUGUUCUUUACCAUACGGAUAUUAUUUAUGUCUUAUAGUGUUAGAGGCUAAUCAUACAUUGUGUAUAUGAUUGUGUGCCUUGCAAUAAAACCAAAAUUGU